UAAGGUAGAAAUUAAUCACUGAUAGGAAUAAGUUAUGAAACUUCUAUUUUGUGAUACAUUCUCACAAGAGCCCCCUGAUGGAAGUGUUACAAACAGCUGGGCCAUCAUUGACUUCCCAUGUGCUGUAGUGCUCGAAGAAAUACGAAUCAUACCAAGAGGUUCUAGGCUAAGUGACCAACUCUGUCUUGAUGGACAACGCGGCAACACCAACCCCGCUCAUUUUCGAAUUGACUUCUUUGCCUGUGAUAUAAAGAAUGAAAAUGCGAGCACCUUUGAAAACCUGUGUGCGCUUGAUUACCAAGAAAACUCAAAAACAAGCGUUUUCCCACGCCUACCCUUUCUUACCAACAAGCUGCUCUGCUGUGGCUGGUACACCUCUGUAACCAUCGCUGUUUUCGGAGCAGAAGGCUCAGAUGCUUCUGCUGUGAAAGCAAUCCAUGACCGCCGUGAGAAUUUAAGUCGUGUCUCAUCACGCCCCCCACCCAACGUACCCCCACCAACUCACGGGGUUGAGUUCCAGACAGUAGACGACCUUCGUGCUCCAUACCAAGGCAGAGAUUCGAGAGAUUUCAUGAGAAAUCCACCCCUUCUGCCUCUCCCUGGCAUGCUGCCGCAGCCUAAUACAGUCGGCGAACUAAACCAACCAGGAUAUCCAAACUUUGGUCAAGACACAAGCGAUAGGUUACCUAUUUCAACCCACAACUUCCCGAACCCCCCUUUUAGAGACCGGGGUGGAGAUAACUUUAUGUUCCGUGGUGAAUCAAUUGGUGAUAAAAUGUACAGAAACCAGGUCUCACUUCUGCAGGGUGGUGGCAACAAUCCACCAGUUCACCAGCGAGGUUUUCCUCAUGUUGACCAGCGCAACUAUCGGUACCAGCCCGGUAACUCACGGUACAUGGACCAGGAUCAUGGCUAUGAUCGAAUACCCCAGAAGUUUCCACCCACAAACAGGGGGCCACACAAUGAGCAAAGAGAAGCAGAUACAAUGGUGGAAGAUGAAACAAAAUAUGAUGAUGAAGUGAAUGCAAAUCAAAUGCAGAAUGAUGAAGAGUGGAUGGGAGCAGAAUAUGAAGAGAUCAGCGAUGAUGAAAUGGAUGAGGAGGCAAAUCUUCGUGAUAUGGAAGCGAUGAUGACGGCAGAUAUGCUCCUUCCUCCAUCCAUGAUGACUUUUAAUCCAUUCGACAUGGAAGUCUUCCCUCUCUCAUACUUUAGGUCACCAGAUGUGACAGAUUAUGAAGCUCUUCAUAGUAAAUUAAACCAACAAAAUUACGACGAUGAAAUAGAACAAACGAAUACAAUGCAUUCAAAGUCAUGUCAAAACCUGAAAAAAAUGGUUGAAUCCACCUUAAAAAUCUGCCCGGUAACUUUUAAAGAAAAUGGGGUGCCUGUAACUGAACUAUGUGAAGAGAAAGAACAGCAAUGGGUUAAUAACCUGGAAAAAAUUACUCUGAAUGUUACAUCUGAAUUGCCUUACCUGGAUGCAUCAGCAGAUGGAGAAAUAGAUUAUUAUUUAGUCCUUGCAGUUUGGGCAGUACAUGCACUGGAUUUAGACGGGCCGCUCGCAAAGUUGAUUGCACUCAAUGUGCGAGCCAUAAAAGUUGGUUUAGGGUUGGUGAAAAUGCUUUGUGGGACUUGUGCAGAGGCUGUGGAUCAACUGGACAAACUAGAUGUUGUCAGUCACCUCCUUUCUAUUCUGCUGGAGCAACAUGUCGCUUCUUCUGUUAAAGUACAAGCUCUUCAUGCACUGGAUGCUGCUACCAACUGGCCAGCUAUGUUGCAUAGCUUCCUAUUUAAACCAAUAUAUGUCCACACCAACAAUGAUGAGGUAACAUCGAAACACCAAGCUGGAUAUGCAUGGGUUAUAGAGAUUGCUUUACAACCUCAAGCUGCCAGGGUUGCUGCUGGUUUGACACAGUUGACAAAGAAAGCUCAUCUUUAUGAAUGCAUGCACCAAGUUCAAGUUGUGACUCAGUCGUUUGUGAUGGAGCAAAUCCCAGAUGAGUACGCGUACGUGUCAGAGGAUGAGGAGGAUUACAAUAAUGAGGAGGAGGUGCAAGGAGUAGAGAUGGUCGUCAUGUCAUCCGCAUCCGCUGAUGAAGAGGAAGAAGAUGAAGAAGAGGAAAACAGAGAGGAAGUUUUGCCAAACCAAAUGCUCAACGAACACACUAAAGUUGAUUUAAGUCUUCGUAUUGUCCACGAGAAAGGCGAGCGUAAAGUUAUCGGGUUAUCUCGAAACUCGGAAAGUUGUGAUUCUCAAUCUCCUCUUGCCGAUGCGGAUGAGAACGAUCAACACGGUGAAAUUCAUGAAGAAGUUGUCAAGGAAAGCAAUCUGAUGCCAGUUGAAUCAGUCAUCAACAUGAAUGAUGUCACUGUGAAGGAAGAAGAGUUGAUGGAGAUUGCUGGAUGUUUAAAUGAGAUCACUUCUUGCUUCCAAUCUCCCCAGAAAAUGAUCGGCCAACUUCCGAUUCUUAUGUUUCCUCUUUCAAGAAGACAGAGACCAUCAACAAAACAGGAUGAUAACAAGAUAUCAGAACAAACUGUAUACAGACUGGCUGAAGGAACAAAUCUUCUUUCUUCCAUCCAAGCAUUGGUGAGUUUACCCAUCGUGUCCGGACACAAAGUUUUAUUCGAUGCUUGCGGAAGAUUCCUCGAGCUUCUCAUGUCCUCCCAGUCCGGUCUUCUCUACCUUGCAUCCAACUCUGAUUCAGCUCUUCACAUCAUCCAGCACUUGAUGCGAUCCUCUCCGAUGCUCGAUGUCGAGGCUCAGGACUCUCCGUGUCGUCUCGGAGCAAAGUUAGCCUUUCACCUCCAAACAAUUCAAUCCCUGGAUCUUGUCUCCGGACUCUUAGAGUCGGAUGCAGAUGAGGAGGAUUUGGAGGAAGAGCUCGUUCAUGCGUUCAAGACUCUUUACUCAAUCACUUACAUCCCACUUGGAAAGCAAUGUGUGAGCCAGGUCCUCUCAAAAGAAGACAACAUUAAGUCCCUCCUCACCUGCCUUACUUUUCCCCACAAACUUGAGGAUGAAAAAGAAGUGAAAGAAGUUGAAAUUGAAAAAGAAAACAAAAAGGAAGAAAAACCUGAAAAAUCUGAAAAAUCUGAAGUUUCUUCAGAAAAAGAGCCGUCUGUGGAAACAGAAGAUGAAAAGAAAUCCGACGUUUUCCAUCAUCGCUCUGCAGUGAACAACUAUGCGGGUGCAUUGCUGCUGCUGACACUACAAAGAUCAGAAGACAUGACUUACAUCUACAAACAUCUCCAAUUACUUCUAAAGCCAUGCUUCUCCAAGCAGCAACUAAUUUCCCAUUCAGAAGACCUACAGAACUGGCUGACACCACUUCAAAAGCAGCUUGUUGGUGAUGCUAGUGAUAUAGAGAAGCUGACGCAGUUCAUUAAGACGACAACUCCUUUGCUUGAAUGGUUGACUCUUCCAGAUAGUGGUCCAGAACUCUGUAUGGCACUUCGGUUGUUGUGUCAUGUAUGUUUUACAGAUAGUAAUGAGGACUUAAAAGAUGAUGCAGAGUCGAGAGUUCGGGUGAUGCGGCUCUUCGCUACCGACAGUCUCAACAUCAUCCUCUCAUUCAUUGAGCAACUCCACAAAACCUUACAAUUUGCGUGCCACGGCCACCGAGCCAUGGCUUCCGGCAUGCAGCAGCUAACUCACUGCAUGGUUGCCUCCAUGGCACAGAAAAGCUACUCACUCCUACAUCAAAUGCUCUCACAACUUCUCGGGGCGAGCAUCGACACCAAAACUGUAAACGGGGAACGAAUCGCUCUCACUGUAAUCUCGCUCUACUCUGACCUAUACCUCCUACUCUACCCAUUAGAUUCCAUUCUCUUGGACCAAAUGACGGAGCAAGCCAUCUCAAUUCUUUCUCUUUUCUUCUCCCCCUCCUCCUGCAGCGACCAAUCACAUACAGUGCUCAAACAGAUAACGACAUUCGCGGAAAACCAGUGCGACAACUUUCUCCCAACUCUUACAUUGCUAUCCCAUCUUCUACCCCUACCACUGCCUAUAAUAUCCCCACAAGAGCCACCAGACCACGCCCAAGCUUCUGUGGUUGCCACUUGCCGUCUAUGGAGCUCCAUCAUACCAUCCCAUCUUGAUGAAAUAAUGUCCUUGCUUCUACCAUUAUCGUCCUCCACCUGCAGAUCAUUAGUCGAACUGACGAUCAUAAUAAUCCAACAACUAGUCGACCUAUCCCCCACCCUAGCCCACUCUCUAGUUAAAAAAUACGCGGAAGAAAUGGCGCCUCUCUCCGUGAGCGCGGUGCUCGCGGAGCAAGAGGGAAACGAACUCCCAGCUGAGGAAACGGGCGAAAAAGAGAUGUUACUCUCUCCCGAGCAGAUCACGGUCAUCCAAACCUUUGCUGAGAUCAUUUCUCUCCCAGCUGCUAAAUCAGCUUUCCUCUGUGCAAGCCGAAGCGAACCGCAAGGUGUAUUGGACCUCUGGCAGCACGCUUCAUGCGAUGACUCGCCGACCGAUGCAGUUGCUGCUAUAUUACUUUUAGCCUACGUGCUUGUUGACCAGGACACAACUCUUCUACCGCUAGAUGGUAGCACAGAGAACUACGCGAACGCUUUGCCUUCCACCGACCAGAUUACUGCAAUUGCAAAUUUAGCUCUGCGUCAACUUUCCAACGCAUCUCCCCGGGUAUACAAUCGUGCUCUCCUAGUUCUCUGCAAUUUAACUGGGUCUAGUGUUGGAAUCCCGAUUGCUUUGAAAUGCAUUGUAGAUAAACCAAAUCACAUGAGGAACGGACUCAAGCGAGUUAGUGAUGGAUUUAACGUUACACAGUCCUCAAGUGUAGACGCAGCAUUCCAUAUGUUACAGUUAAUACAACAGCUCUUAACAGCGGAUACGGACAACCCUGGCUUGCUGACUAUCGGCGAAUUUAAAGCCUUGUUGACUGACGAUGAUUCGGUGGACAUUGCACCGUUCUUAGCGCUCGAAAAACAACUUUCGGAGUUAGCAUGCAACGACCGUGACUACCCUGAUCAUUUCGCACAAGCACUCGAUCAGUUAUCUGUAUUAAGACAAAGCAUCGCUGCUGCCGACGUCUCAACUUCGGAUCCGAAAAUUCCCGAAGCAGUUUCGCUUCCCGAACCUCUACCGCUACAUGAGCAGUUUGCCAACCGCCCGAUAUUUGCUUUUGGCCAGCACGACCCACUUCUCUACGUUCGACAAUCGCUUACUGCACCACAGAAUAACCGACUUCAUUCUGACAUAGAUGAUUACCGUGUUGUAGAAUGCGACUUGAUUGCCACAGCUGAUAAAUUCUGCCCCGGCUACGAUCUUGCCGAGCAAGUAAACAAACUCGCAAAAUCCAGCGGCCUCCAGGACGACGUUGAAGAGUCAGAAGCGGCGGCAGCAGCGCGCGCAAAGCGUCGCCAAAAAGUCGAAACCUUUUCCGCUCGCUUCGGCAAGACAAUGACCUUCAUUAAACGAUCCCACGGUCUCCUAGUUUCCCACCAACGCACAGGCAGAGGCAGAGGGCGUGGCAACCCAAGCAAUCGACCAUACGACCUUUUCCGUCACCGAAAACAGAACACAAGUCGCCCUCCAUCCAUGCACGUGGACGACUUUCUUGCCGCGGACGAAGAACAGCAAAAAUUCGACGAUAACUCGUUCUUCAAACCACCCGCCCCGAUGCCUUCGACUUCUACAGCCCGCAGAAACAGCCAGCCGUCGUCCUUUAAACGGGAAUUCACACCUCGUGGCCGAGGUGGCAGAGGCGGGUCCUCCAGAAACGGUUCGUCCAGCGCACCCAGAGGCGGCUUCUCUCGUUUUGCGAGCACAGGCUCCGUACAGAACAAGUUCAAACCAAAAUCCGUAAGCACAUCAAGCAGUGGUAACGGUCGUGUGAACCGAAUCCCCGACCGCUUCCGGGGCCCUAACACCACGACCCGCAUCACCAGUCGUCUCAGCUUUUCUCCAAGAGAAGGUUACAAGACGAACAAAACUCAACCACCACCGUGGGAAUCGUCACGCAACUUUUCGGCGACCAAUUCCUUCAGAAACAGGGGCUUAAAAGUUCCUCACAGAAUCCCCCGCACUUCGUCAUUCACCCAGUUCCAUUCUCCUGGGGUGAAACAGUGGGGUGUGGGGUCUUCUUUGCGGCGGGGUAGAGGGUACGCGAAACCCCGCGGAAGAGGCAAGCAUUCCCGAUCCAUCACUCAUUAAAUGCAGAACAUUUUGAACAUACUGUCGCAGUAUCAUUUUAAUAAACGAAAUAUAAUACAGUA